CGCUGCUGACGUGUAGGUUAGGGAAGCGACUGUCGAGCUGUGUUGAGCCGCUGCUAGCUCUUAGCUCCUUCUCUUCAUCACAAAGCGUUUGUUUCUCCACUGACAGCUCAUAAUGAAAUCAUCCCACGCAGAAAUAAGCUUCACGAUGAAAUAACAACGGGACACAAAGCGGGACUACUGCUCAGGUGUGUUUGAGGCAGAGGAUUUAUGAAGAAGAGUGAGUGACCUGCACAAACACGAUGGGGAAGAGGAGGGUGCCAGAUCUGUACAGAGCCCCCUUUCCCUUGUACACGGUUAAAGUGGACCCCAGAACAGGGCUGGUGAUCACAGCAGGAGGAGGAGGGGCCUCGAAGACCGGCAUCAAGAAUGCUGUGCAAUUCCUGGAGCUGCAGCUGGUGGGCGAACACUCGUACUCGGCCACCCUCCUUCACUCUCAUGACACGGACACUCGGGCCACCAUGAACCUGGCGCUGGGUGACGGGGUGAUCGCCGCGGGUCAGGACGGGACCUGCUGCCUGAUGAAGUUCAAGCAGAAGAAAGACGGCAAAGCUGCGGGUAAAGACGCGGGGAGCAGCGUGCAGAAAGGAAACGCCCGGAGACGGACGGGGAAAGGAGACAAAGGAGGACAGGAUGGAGCUGCGGCGUCAGGAGACAUGCCGGACACAAAGGAUGAGACGAUCCUGAUCUCCGUCACCGGUCUGGCUGAAGUCCAGUCGGACCUGAACCCUCAGGACCCGCUCCAGAAGGUGGUCCGCUUCAGUCCUGACCUGAGCCUGCUGCUGACGGGAGGCACAGACGGACACAUCCGAGUGUGGGAGUUUCCGUCCCUGAAGAAGAAGUUUGACUUUAAGGCUCAUGAAGGAGAGAUCGAAGACCUGGAUAUGAGUCCAGGGAACAAGCACCUGGUGACGGUGGGCCGGGACUUCGCCUGCAGCGUGUGGAGUGGCAACCAGUUAGCCAUGGGUCUGAAGUGGUUUGAAACGAUGCCCCACAUAGCUGACAAGACGUAUCGGUAUAUGGCCUGCAGGUUUGGGAAGGUGGAGGAUCAGAAAGACGCCCUGAGGCUCUACACGGUCCAGAUCCCCCACAAACGGGACAGAAAACCUCCGCCGUGCUUCAUCACUAAGUGGGACGGGCGGAGCUUCCUGCCCAUGCUGACGGCGCCAUGCGGCUCCGAGGUCAUCUCCAGUCUGGCAGUCAGUGAUUCAGGAACGUUCCUCGGUCUGGGAACUGUGACGGGAUCCGUGGCCAUUUACAUCUCCUUCUCCCUGCAGAAGUUGUAUUAUGUGCAGGAGUCUCAUGGGAUCGUGGUCACCGACCUGGCCUUCCUGCCUGAACACAGACAAAUCAGAGGGAACAACGAGGCGGCCAUGUUGAGUGUGGCGGUGGACAGCCGGUGUCAGGUUCACACUGUCACCAACAGAAGAUCCUUUCCCAUCUGGUUGGUCCUCUUCUUCUGUGGUGUCAUGGUGGUGGCGGCCGUCCUCCUCCUCCAGCACCUCUUCCCGGGAUUCAUUUAAAUCAUGAAGGUGUGUGGUCACGGGUCACAGGUGACGGAGCCUGACAACAUCAGCAUCCUCGCUCUGUGUGAGGAUCUACCCGCGGCACAGACCCCGCCUCCUCACGUCCACUCGGGGGUCGCUGCUCUCAGAAGUCUGAAACCAGUAAAAAAAAAAAAAAUUAAAAAAAUCUACAAACCAGAGGAACCGGUAAACGAGGACAGACUGUGGUGUUCUACCAGCGCUGAAGAGAGGAUCAUUAGAAGUGUUUGGAUUCUUGUUGAAGGGCUCAUGUCGGUGAAUGUAUAAUUGAGGGAGGGGCUCUUUUUAUCCACAUAUUUAAGGAAAGAUGUAAAAUAUACUACAAAUACUUUUAAUACCUGCGAGUCUCUGGAUGUGUUUUCUGUUAAAUCCACCAGAGGGCAGCAGAGGACAUAAAGUUCUUAUUGAGAGCCUUAAAUCAUCCCUCAGCCUCUGAACAGUUUGUUUUAUUUCAAACAGCUUCAUGAUGACGUCCAGCGACUAUUUAACACAAAGUUAUGCAUAAUUGGGUUUAAUUUAAAGAAAACAGAUUUGUUCAAAGGCAGGGUUGGUCAUUUUCUAAAACUAGCAUGAUUUUGAAAGUAGCAUUCCCUCAGUGCUCCGUCUGCACCCCCUCCCCUCUGUGCUCCCUCAUAAGCCACGCCCCCUCACUUACAUGCACGAGUGCCGUUGCUCCAGAAGCGGAGUUUAGCUCAAGCUUUGAGUGUGAGCUAGAGCACGCAAGGUGUAGAGAACGAGCAGGGAGACAGGGAGGCGUCUGAUUGGUUCAUCAGAUUGGUACCUCGUGGCAGACAUUGGUUGAAGUUUUUACAGACUUACAACUGAUACAGGUGAUGGAUUUUCUUCGUUCCUUUUUUCAGAGCACCUGAGUUAUUAAUGUCUGUCAGGACCUAAAGACAGUUUCAACCAAAAUCUUAAAAAAGUGUUUCUGGAGGAAAUGACCAACCCUGCCUUUAAAUUAGAGAAGUCUCAAGUCUGUGAAAAGUUCAAGAUAAAAAGUAAUUUUUUUUACCGCAGUGAGAGUUUGUUUAUCCCCUUCUUUUAUGAAGACAUGUCACCUUUAUUCAUUUUUAUUUAAAAACACUCUGAUUUACAGCAGAUGUACAAAAUGUGAAUGCUUUUUUAAAAAUGGCGCCCUUUAUUGUGACUAACAUGGUGAAUGAAAAAAAGAAGAAAUAAAAUAUCAAUAUGAGAGGAAAAUGGAAUAAAA